CAGCGAGAAGCAGCGGGAGGCUUCUGGGCGGUGCAGCCGCCGCGGCCGAUUGGAGCAAACAAAGCGCGGAAUUCGUGAACUGCCCGCGGGCCGGAGGGCGCAGCUCCUGGACUGACCAGCGCUGUCCUGCCCCAUGGACGCCUCCUCUAGCCCGUGGAAUCCAACCCCGGCUCCCGUCAGCAGUCCCUCCCUGCUGCUCCCCAUCCCCGCCAUCGUCGUCCUCGCCGUGGGCAUCUAUUUGUUGCUGCUGGGCCUAGUGCUGCUGACUAGGCACUGCCUGCUGGCCCAGGGCUGCUCCACAGACUGCAGCUCCCCCUGCAGAAAGCAAGGCGCCUCCAGGCCCCAAGACUGUUGCUGGACCUGUGCAGAAGCCUGCGACUUCCCUCUGCCCAGCCCCGCCCACUGCCUGGAUGCCUGCUGCCCCCAGCCUGCUGAAGCUGAUUGGGCCCCUCGCUGCCCUCGCUGCUGCCCACUCUGCGACUGUGCCUGUGCGUGCCAGCUCCCUGACUGCCAGAGCCUCAACUGUCUCUGCUUUGAGAUCAAGCUCCGAUGACCGCCCAGGGUCCCUGCCCUUUGGGGAGCGGCCAGCCCCCAAGGCCCACAUGCCCUGUUCCCUGAGGGGCCUCAGGACACCUUUCUCCAGGCUAUUGGAACCACAAAUGGCCUACCCAGCUCACCGGCCUGGGAACCAGCAGUGGAGAGCCUGGCUCCCUGCAGAGCGGGACUCAGACAGCCCUCGGCCGCCUGGACGGCAGCCCCUUUGGGGGGCCAGAAGAAAGAGGGGCUGGUGCUCUGGCAGGUGCCCCUGCCCUCCCCUCCCCCUCCCCAAGUAAACCAUCCUAUCUGAAGAUCCGUGUCCAAAGAUGUAUUUCUCUUGACAACCUUUUGAGGGCCUCGGUCUGGAUUUCCAAGGAAGAAAUUUCCUUUGAAGUACCGGUGAGUGGGCAGG